UGAAAGCGUUGGGGGGAAACAUGAAGAUCAAGGCGAGAUGUGUGGCUUUGUUGACUCUCCUGCUCUUAACUCAAGCCUUAAUUGGGGUUAACAGCCAAGAGGAAGAAGAGGAGCAGGAGGAGCAGGAAGAGGAGCAAGAGGAGGUCAUUGAGGAUAAUGAUCUGCAGGUGCAGGAGGAGUCCAUCGAGAAGUGGACGGGGAAGGCGUGCACCUGCGACUGUGAGGGAGGCGCGGCCUCCGUGGUGACCACCCUCACGCCACCCGGCGCCGCCCCAGGCACCACGCCUGCGACCGCCAAGCCCUCCAGCAACUUCCUCAAGUGUAUGCCAGAGUGUCCCUACCACCAAGCCCUCGGCUUCGAGUCUGGGUCAGUGUCUGCCGACCAAAUCAGCUGCAACAAGCCCGAGCAUUACGUUGGCUGGUAUUCCUCCUGGACCGCUGACAAGGCACGGCUGAACAGCCAAGGCUACGGGUGUGCCUGGCUGUCCAAGUUCCAGGACACUAGCCAGUUUCUGCAGGUGGACUUGAAGGAGGUGGGCGUGGUGUCUGGCAUCCUGACCCAGGGCCGCUGCGACGCGGACGAGUGGAUCACCAAGUACAGCGUCCAGUACCGCAGCAACGAGAGCUUCAACUGGGUCUACUACAAGGACACCACGGGCAACAACAGGGUCUUCUAUGGCAACUCUGACCGGACCUCCACCGUGCAGAACAUCCUGCGGCCGCCCAUCGUGGCCCGUUACAUCCGCCUGCUUCCUCUGGGAUGGCACACACGCAUCGCCAUACGCAUGGAGCUACUCAUGUGCCUUAACAAAUGCACCUGAGCCUAGCCGCUAGCCCUUAGCGUAGCACAGCAUAGCAAAGGUGGGAGAUUACCUGACAUUACAGCAUACAAAUGUAGUCCAUCAUAUGUUUCCAUGGGAACAAAAACACCGCCCCUGGGUUAGAAAUAAUUUUCCAGUAUUUUCAUUUGCGAUUUUGCAGCUGUUAUCCAUCAUGGAAGAGGGGGAUUUAAACCGUUUGUUAAAAAGUGUAUUUUUCUAUACAUUUUUUGGAAAAAAAGAUGUCUCUAACUUAUAACCUUAUUUCAAAAUGAAAUGUACAAACACAAGCAUAGGAGCCUGAUUAAAUUUGGUCUGUCAGAUUCCGUUUUGUAUUCAUGCUUCAUUCUUCAUUGUGUUCAUUUUGUCCUCACUGCAAGAAAGUUUCAGGUUCAAGUGUUUCUGAUGCAGAUGAAAUUGUCUCUUGCACAUGUGUACAUUCCUGGUGUGCACAAGGCAUGCACCAUGGCUGAAAAUCAUUAGUUCCUCCCGUCCUUCCCCCCAGCCUCUGACAUGUGGCGUAAGGCACAACGUCAUUGAUGAUUGAAGGUGUUAUCUUGCAAAAACAUAAUCCAGGAGUUAUUUGCAAUAAUGACUUUGAAUGGAGACA